AACUGCCCCAUAGUACGUACCUAUAAUCCACAAUGCAUUACAGGUUUAUAAGAGAUAGUUUCUUUGGACGUACGGUCUACCACUUGUCGGGUAAAAAGCUCUUCAUACACAAGGAAGAAGCUGCGGACUACAUAGUUCCUGAGAGAUACCUUCUGGACUACAAGGAACCCACGAAGGAAGUCACUGAGGUUGCUGAACUGACACCAGCAACACCCGACGAAAAGGAACAGAUACUAGAUGGCUCCUCAUCCACAUCUACUGAUACUGUUGAAAAGGACACCAAUGUCUACGUCGGCUGGGACGGCGAAGAUGAUCCGGAAAAUCCCAAAAACUGGCCAUUCUAUCAAAAGGCCUUCUUCAUGUUCCAGAUUGCAUUCUUAACGGUAUCUGUUUACAUUGGUUCCGCGGUCUAUACCCCUGGUAUUAAUGAAAUUAUGGAAGAAUUUAGUAUCAAUCAUACAUUGGCUGCAUUGCCAUUGACAAUGUUCGUCGUUGGAUAUGGUAUCGGACCUAUGAUCUUCUCUCCCUUGACUGAGAACGCUGCUAUCGGUAGAACUUCUAUUUACAUCAUCACAUUGUUCAUCUUCUUCAUCAUACAAAUUCCAACCGCCUUAUCCAAGAACCUUGCCUCCUUGACUAUUUUGAGAUUCAUAGGUGGUUUCUUUGCAUCUCCUGCUUUAGCUACUGGUGGCGCCUCUGUCGUUGAUGUUGUGUCUAUGCCCUACGCCCCAAUUGCAAUUGCGACUUGGUCCAUGGCUGGUGUCUGUGGCCCUUCUAUUGGUCCAUUAGUUGGAUCUGUCUUGUCCGUAAAGGGUGGAUGGAGAUGGACUUUUUGGUUCAUGGCUAUAAUCAGUGGUUCAUCUUUCAUUUCCCUUCUCUUUUUCUUGCCUGAAUCCUACGAGAAGACUUUGCUCUUAAGAAAAGCCAAGAGAUUGAGAGCUAAAACCGGUAACAUGAACAUCACCACUGAAGAGGAGGUUGCUAACUCCAAAUUGACAACUAGUAGUAUCCUUGUGGAGACCUUUUGGAGACCGAUUGAAAUUUCCAUUGUUGAACCAGUUGUUCUCAUGAUCAACGUUUACAUUGCAUUGGUCUACUCCAUUAUGUAUCUUUGGUUUGAAGCAUACCCAAUAGCCUACGUUGAUGUCUACCAUUUUACCACAGUUCAGAUGGGUGUAUCUUAUAUUUCUAUUGUCUGCGGUAUUGGCGCUGGUUGUAUCGGCUACUUGACGUGGGUUAACAAGGCCUUCACUUCGAAGUUGAUGGCUGGUGAGAUGGUGGUUCCAGAAGUGUUUAUUCCUGCUGCUAUUUUAGGUGGUAUUCUAAUGCCAGUCGGUACAUUUAUUUUUGGAUGGACUGUUACAGAAGAUGUGCACUUUAUUGUGUCUUUAAUCGGAGCUGCUCUUUACUCAGCAGGAGCUUUUCUCAUUUUCCAGACCUUGUUCAACUACUUGGGUAUGUCUUUCUACAGAUACGUUGCUUCAGUAUUUGCCGGUAAUGCGUUGUUCAGAUCCGUUACAGCUGGUGUCUUCCCAUUAUUCGGAAAUGCAUUGUACAAUAACUUGGCCACCAAGAAAUUCAGAACCGGCUGGGGAACAUCCAUUUUGGGAUUUCUUACCCUUGGUAUGUUGAGCAUUCCAAUAUUGUUCUACCUUAAUGGUCCUAAGUUGAGAGCUAGAUCCAAGUACGCCAACUAAAACUUUAAUUCAUAAUAUCUGCCAAAGCGGAGUGCUAUAUUAACAUACAAACUUAAUAAUUU